AUGGAUCAUGUCAAGGCUACUCUUCUGUCGACGAUCUUGAAACAACCCGACCAAGAAGAUAUGCUUCUUAGUCCGACCAUCGACAGCACCAUAUUAGACAAGAUCUAUUAUCAGAUCGCUUCUUAUAUCUUCCAGCUGUCUCAACUGACAUUUGCCAAGAUCGGAGCCAUCUCCAAGGACCAUGCUACAGGCGCAUGGCACGUUGGCAGAAGACCCCUGUCAUACAAAAUGAACGAGUUGCGCAACCUUGCCGAGGAUCCGGAAAUCGCUCAGAAGCGGUUCAUUGCCCAAACACUCCGGAUCACCGCCGUUCUCGAUCUCGAGUUCACGAAUACUAUGCCGGCUGAGUUCACGUAUGACCCGCCCUGGUGGCUGUUGCUUUCUGGACCAGAAGUGUGGCUGGAGCGUUGCACGAUGGAAGAGCUUAUGACCCUCUAUGAGCCUAGAAUGGCGCAAUUCCUGCAAGCUUUAGAGCGGGUGGAGAUUGACAUGGUAUCAGAGGGCAAACAGCCCGGUGGGCCGUCUCUCUCUGCCCGCAUGCGCGAUUCAUGGAGAACUGGGCGAUUCUGGUUCAACUAUGCGGCGAAGAAGAGCUUUGAUGUGGAUAUUAUUUAUUGGACUGCGUUACACCACGGCGAUGAGGGUGUUGAGUUGCUAGACGAGAAGGCACGUGCAGAGCUGGAGCCCUUUACGCAGACGAAGAUGAAGCAGUUGAAAGCAUAUAUGGAGGAGUGUGCUGCUCGUUUUUCAUCCGAGAAAUAG